GGGAAGCCACCAACCCCUCUCUCCUUCCUUAUCAUCAUAAAUCCCUCCUCCCAUGUGCUCUGUCGGGUCGGGGCGUGGGGGGCGCUUGGGGUUGGCGAUUCAACCUUUAGGAACUAUAAAUCCCUCCUCCAAUUUGAAGCUUUCGUUCUUCCAACAACAGCAGUUGCUGAAAAUGGAUCCCAUAAGAAAUCAUCUAUCCCAAGAAGGAACCCAAGAAGCAGAAGAGCAGCAGAUCCAGUCUGCAGUAGCAGCCAUUGCUUCACCUCCUCCUUCUCUUCCCAUUGCAUCAAUCUCCCUAUCUCUGUCCACAAUCCUUCCUACCCACUUCCUAAACCCGCCCAAAUUCUUCGUCCAACCCGGCAAUAUCAAAAUCCCAACCCAAAUCUCUUCUCUCUCCCGCCUCACCCUCACCGCCCCUCUCUCGCCCGCAAAGCCACUCUUGAAAUCCACCGUUUCCGCAAACCCACUACAGAGCCCUCUCUCCUUGAACCCUCUCCGCCCUUCCGAGCCAUCCGGUGGCGCCGCCGCUCGCCGGUCAACCAUCGUUUGGUUCCGGAACGAUCUCCGGGUGCACGACAACGAGUGCCUCAACUCCGCCAACAAUGAAUCCAUGUCGGUUUUGCCAGUUUACUGUUUUGACCCAAGAGAUUACGGGAAGUCAUCAUCUGGGUUCGACAAGACUGGUCCAUACAGGGCCUCGUUCGUGAUUGAGUCAGUUUCGGACCUCCGGAAGAACCUUCAGGCUCGAGGGUCUAAUCUUGUGGUCAGAGUUGGGAAGCCAGAGACCGUUCUGGUCGAGCUGGCUAAGGCAGUCGGGGCAGAUGCUGUGUAUGCUCACCGGGAGAUUUCACACGAUGAGGUCAAGGCUGAGGAAAAGAUUGAGAGUUUGAUGAAGGAUGAGGGGAUUGAUGUGAAGUUCUUUUGGGGAAGCACAUUAUAUCAUGUUGAUGAUUUGCCAUUUAAGCUGGAGGAAAUGCCAACAAAUUAUGGCGGAUUUAAGGAAAAAGUCAAGAGCUUGGAGGUUAGGAAUACCAUUGAAGCACUGGAUCAGUUGAGGGGAAUGCCAAGUAGAGGGGAUGUUGAGACUGGUGAAAUUCCUACUCUUUCUGAUUUGGGUCUCAAUCCUAGUGCUACUUUGAACCAGAAUGGAAAGCCUUCUGCUAAUGCUUCCCUUUCUGGAGGGGAAACUGAAGCAUUUCAGAGACUUAAGAAAUUUUGUGCUGAAUGCGAAGCUCAACCACCCCCACACGAAGGGAACAACCAUGAUAGUAUAUACGGUGCAAACUUCUCCUGCAAAAUAUCUCCUUGGCUUGCAAUGGGAUGCCUCUCCCCCCGCUCCAUGUUUGAUGAAUUAAAGAAGUCCACAUCAAGCAGAAAACUUUCUGUUGCAUCUAACAUGAAAGAUGGCGGUAAUGGCGGCACUGGCGUAAACUGGUUGAUGUAUGAGCUGAUGUGGAGAGAUUUCUUCAGGUUCAUUACCAAGAAAUACAGCUCUGCCAGACAAAACAGUACUGCUCCGGCCACCGUAUGUACAGGAGCUGCAGUAUCUUGAAGUGGAUAUAUUAUGAUUUGAUGAAUGUGGUUUGAAAUUAAUGGAAUCUUUAGCCUAAGAUGAACGCUGCGUUCGCAAGAAAAUAAUAACUCUUGAUUAUAAUUGCUCUUCGUAUGUAUGAGUAGCUGCUUUUGUUUUCUCCAAUUUGUGGUUUCUUUGGCUAUAGUGGUGUAUUUUGUAAACUUUAUGAACAGUCAUUGAGGAGCUUCUCCAAUCUCCCUGCUAUAGCUGGACAAUUGCAGAAUUUGAGGGUAUAUGAAAUGAAGUUAAAUUUCUUUGUUUUGACUUUUGGGUAAAAUGAAGUUAUUUUAGUUUUACGCAAUGAGCGCUUUUGUAGCUGAC